CCCCUACAUCGACAUAAUGGGACAUGGCCAGUGGACUGAUCAUGUGACAUAUCCCGUUUCGCCAUUUUCUACCGCUACACCAGUGUUCCUGUGAAGAGGUGGCUUUGUCGGGUGUCGUCCCUGUGCUGCACGAAAGGGCCUUGCAAUUGCAAGUGUUGAGAAUCGACAGAAACGUUGACGUUUAAAAAAAAAAAGGACGUUUGUGCGCUUUUCCCUGAACGCGUAAGAAUGUCGUCAGAAAGUCCCGAAUACUCCCCUUUCUUCGCAGUGAUGGGAGCCUCUGCGGCUAUGGUCUUCAGCGCAUUGGGGGCGGCCUAUGGCACGGCUAAGAGCGGCACGGGCAUCGCUGCCAUGUCGGUGAUGCGGCCGGAGCUCAUCAUGAAGUCCAUCAUUCCUGUGGUCAUGGCAGGUAUCAUCGCCAUCUACGGGCUGGUGGUGGCGGUGCUCAUCGCCAACAACAUUUCGGAGAAAGUCACCCUCUACAAGAGUUUCCUCCACCUGGGUGCUGGGCUGAGCGUGGGGCUGAGUGGGUUGGCGGCUGGUUUUGCCAUCGGCAUUGUGGGUGACGCAGGCGUUCGAGGCACAGCUCAGCAGCCCAGGCUCUUCGUGGGCAUGAUCCUCAUCCUGAUCUUUGCAGAGGUCCUAGGGCUCUACGGUCUUAUUGUGGCUCUCAUCCUCUCCACGAAAUAGAGAAAGAAAGAAAAGAACAGUCCUUCUGUCCAUCCAUCCGUGUCCGUUGAGUCAACGCUGUGUCAUCCAUAUAUAAACAACUAAGAAAUAAAGAACAAAUUGUAGAGCAUGCCUUAAUGCCCGGUUCCAAAUCAACUCCCUUUAGCCACUUCUUUCCUAGUGGCACUACUUGAUGGUCCUUUGUAGAUCUAAUAUGUUUGAAUAAGUGUUAGCAAUAUGGUAAUAGUAAAGCCACAUAUCUACCCCCUACCUAUAUUGCUUAUGUCAGAUCUACGAGGGAGGUGUUAUGGGCUGUGUCCCAAAUGGCACCAUAUUCUCUACAUAGUGCUCUGGUCAAAAGUAGUGCACUCAAUAGGGUGUGAUUUGGGACACGACAUGGGGUUGCUUUGGGAUUGGGCGGGAAGCGAAAAGCGUCCUCUUCCUGUACAGUCGUCCUUGAGUCCAGUAGUCAACCCCUUGUAAAUGUAGUGACGCGUUCGUCCUGUCCGUGCUUGAGUAUCAGUUUACCUCCUUCCUCCCAAUUUCCUUUAAUUUGUGUGUCUGCUAAAUGGCUUAUUAUUAUUCCUUAGUUUUUUUCUGAAGAACUGACUGUUUGGACAAAUCAUUUUAAUUUUAUCUGGGGACAAUUUUCACAUUAAAGGACCAAACUAAUACGAGGACAUGGAUAACUAUUUUUGUUUGUUUUUUCACAAAUUAUUUAUGAAGAUUUUGAAAUGUUAAUAAAACUGUUUAAAUGGAACAAAGUCAUUAUUGCAUUCCCAAUGAGAGAGAGAGAGAGAUCUGUGUAUAACUAGAUGAAUUGCACUGUGGGUAAUUGUUCGAAGUUCUUGGAGUUCCUCUGGAUGCAUGUAUCCAGUUGUUACUAUGGAGACUCUCUGUCCAGAUGUGGGAGUUAACUGUGUUUGUUUAUGGCAGCUGGCAUGUAAAAGUGUGUGGGGCAUGUGAAUGUGUGUGUUUUAACUCGAAUACAUCAUUCUCAACACUCAUUCGCACCAUUUGACCUGUAGUACUGGGGUGUAAUCAUUACUCCAAAUAAAAACUAAACGGAAACCGGUGGGUUCGUAAACAGUUUCCGUUGCAAGACGUAAUGAAUAAACCCCAGCCGUGUGGUUGCAGAUGCUCACUGUCAGGCCACGUCUAAUUUCCAAUUAAAUCUCAACCUCCAAAUCAUG